GUGCCAGUGCGUGAGUGCGUGCUUGUGUGUGUUGCUAUAGUAUAAACAAUAUUAGAAGCCUAAAUAACAGCAACAACAGCUACAACAAACCCACACACUCGAAAAAAAGCUUAACACAUUCCAAAAAAUAGCCAGAAGGCCGAUCGAGUUGUGCUGAAAAGGCCGGAACUUUGAAACUGUAACAGCGUGAGCAAAAGAGCGAAAAAGGAAGAGCAGGAGUGAAGGAGUGAAGUAUUGUCGAACAUCUUUUAAGUGUGUUCCCCGUACAGUUCGCUCUGGCAGUGUAGCCGAGCGGCUAAAGCAGUUUUCAGUGACACACUGGAUCAGCCGCAGGAAAUGGAUAUUGAUGCUCCGAUUGCACUUGGCAUGCAGGAGCACCAUCAAAACAACGAUAUCGAUAACCAUCUUAAUAACAGCAACAGCAGCGCAUUCUCUUCAAACGUUUACCAUUCAGAGUCAUCGAUGAAUUUUGAUUAUUUGCAAGGCUUGCAUGCGGAUGCAGCAGCUUCUACAUCUUUGGGCGUUUCGAGUGGCACCGGGAACGUCUCCUAUGGACUGGUCGACGACAGUAAAGCGCUGGACAGACCAUUCAAUGCAAACGAGCGAUUUGUUACAAUACUAGAUCAAUUGGAUAUGCGCGUGGAGAAGUUUCGUAAGGAUGCCUUGAAUUUACAGGAGAAGAAGGACUAUCUCCUAAUGUCCAUGGAUCUCAUCAAGAGCAACGAGUUGCUGCAAAACAUGAGCGAAGGAGAGCGUGAUGAGAUUAUUUUAUAUAUUCAGCGCGUUAGUGCACGUCUGGCCACUGUGGAUCUGAACGUGCGAACCGUGAGGGAUGCGUCACAGGAGGACUCGCUCAGUCAGAUUAAUGCCUUAAUUGACACAAUGAUCAAAAUGGGUGACCCAGUUAUCGGACGGCAACGCUGUCAGCUGUACUUAAAUGCCUGCUGCAGCAGCUCAAUGGAUCCGAACGGACGUAUGGGAACUGUGUUUGAAGCGGAUGUGGGGCCAAUCGAUAAGAAAUUUGAAAGUGCUCUCCUCGGCUGCACUCUUGACGAUCAGAAGAACAUCAAGAAACGUUUGCAGGCUUUAAUGGGCUAUCUGAAUAAGCAAACUGUUACCGCUUAAUUUAUUACUAGCUACAAAUAUGCCGCCAAUAUAAAUUAUGUUAAUAGGCAAUAACGAUAUAAACCAAAACAAAAUU